ACUCAUACCCCAUCACACAUCGACAUCUCAUACUCAUUGACAUUGCACCUUCCACCUCACUACCUCACUACUUACAGACACCACAAGCAACGUGUUUCAUCGCAUAGAAGGCUAGAGCACAAACUCCUCCCCGCGACUCCCACCUCACGCGAGCCAAAAUGUCCCAGUUCAUUUCAGGUGGCGUAGAGUGUGGCCCGUCAAACACGCUCAAGGAUGUGUCAUCGCUCGUAGAGCGCGACUAUGGUGUCCAACGUGAUCGCUAUGGCCCCGCAGCCCCGGGGCCCAGCGCUGGCCCCAGCUCUUUUCGAACACGGCCCGCCGCAGGCUCCCCGUCGCACGCGCCAGCACCUCCCCAGGCAGCCUUUGAUCUCGCACAGCUCCGCUCACACCUCCCCUCGCCCGGACAUUCGGCCGCCCAGUUUCACCCCCAGCACGCGCCGGCCCACAUCGGCCCAGCGGCGGCUGCCCCAGGCGCAUGGGCCGACGGAUACAUGGCCAAGGGCAAGGGACGCGCCGACGCCGUAUCGGCUCCCGUCAGCAACUGGGGACAAGAGUUUGACGCGCGCUCGUCGCCAGGCCGUGUCAUCUCGGCCCACCAGUCGCGUGCGGCGACCCCGCCGCUCGCCCCAUGGCAGCGCCAGCAGGCGUUUGCCCCGCCAGCCCAGUUCGGCCAGUUCGCCCCCCAGCCAUUCUACCCUCAGCAGCAAAUGAUGCCCAUGCACCACCCCCAGCCCGAGCCGUUCUUGAUGCACCCCCAACCGCCGCCCCCUCAGGUGCUGCAGCAGGCGCCUCAGGUACCGGUGACGGCGACAGCACCGCCGGCGGCUAGCACGAAGGACCAGCCAAACGACCUUCUUGCUCGCACCGCUCAGGACCUGGUCGACUCUCUCACACCAGAGACGCUCGCAGAGAAUGAGAAGCUCGCCAAUAGCCAGUUCAUCUCGCUGCUGCGUGGCCUCGGAGAUGGCAGUGUCGUCGUCGACGAGGGCAAGGCUCAAACGGUGGAGGGAAGCGAGAUCACCGAGGGUGCCAAGUUUGUGCAGUCUGGCGGCGGUGGCGACUGGGCUGCUGCUUUCAACCUCGGUGCGAGUACCUCGGCGUCUCGUGCGCCAGUCGAAGCCAAUGCUUCGGUAAGCCGCUCUCCAACCUUUGCCUCCACAUCUACGCAAGACGCAUGGGCUGAGAAUAUCCAGAGCACGAUCCUGAUGAACGAUGGGAUCCCGACUCAGACCGCUCGACCAAAGAGCGUUCACUUUGACGAGCCUCAGUCGUAUGGCGUCCCUCGUGAUCUGGAAGAAGCGCUCGCGCAGACUUCUACGGCCGUCCCUGGUGCUGGACUCCAAUGGGAGGAGGAUCUCGAAGACGACUUUGACACCGAGGCGCUCCAGCACUUUUCCGGACCGCCGCGUACCCAGCAGCACAUGGACAGUGGGGGUAUCGGCAUGCACGAGCAGUGGGCCUCUCUCGCACACGACUGGGACAACUGGGACACGGCACCGAUUGAACCUUAUGCCUUUCAUUCCGCCAACCCUUACACCCUCGGCGCGCCGAUUGUUCGUGAGCUGUCUCCCACCACAAUGGGUGUGCUUGAGCUCGAGGCUGCCGUUCAGCAGGAGCCACGAGAUGCCGACGCUUGGCUCAACCUGGGAUUAAAGCAGCAGGAGAAUGAGCGCGAGGAUGCCGCCAUCCGUGCUCUCAACCGAGCCACCCAGAUCGAGCCCAACCUGCGCGCCGCAUACCUCGCCCUCGCCGUGAGCUACACCAACGAUGGUCGUGAGGACCGCGCGCACGCCUCGCUCGAGAAGUGGAUCGAACUCGGCGGCGACGCCGAGGGCGGCCUGCUCAGCGAAACGCCAGGCGAGACUCGCCAGGAGCGCCAGGGCCGCAUCAUUGAGCGCCUUAUCCACAUUGCGCGCCAGAACCCCGACGACCUCGACGUUGAUGUCCAGGUCGCCCUCGGCGUUCUGUUCAACGCCUCCGAGGACUACGACAAGGCCGAAGACUGCUUCAAUGCCGCCCUCGAGGCCCGCCCGGACGACUGGGUCCUGUACAACCGUCUCGGUGCAACGCUGGCCAACAGCGGACGUUCGCACGAGGCCAUCAAGUACUACCACCGCGCGCUGUCAAUCCACCCCAACUUUGUCCGCGCCCAGUUCAACCUCGGUAUCAGCUACAUCAACCUAGCGCAGUACCGCCUCGCUGCGCAGUGCAUCCUCGACGCCAUCCGCCUCCAGCACGCAGACGUGACUGAGGGCUACGGCGCGUCCACUGGUGGUGCCAACGCAAAGGGCGUGACCCCCGACGCGCUCUGGACCACCCUCCGCAUGGCCUGCCUCCACCUCAACCGCCCAGACCUCGUCGCUAUCUGCAACUCCCAGGACCUCGGCGGCUUCCCGCUCGAGCUGUAGUUCCGCUUCUUCUCCAUUGUAUGCAUUUGCCAUUUUAC